ACUCAUCGGUUUGACACUGAAGACAAGCAACUGAAAUGGCAAGAACAAAGCAGACCGCUCGUAAGUCCACCGGUGGCAAAGCUCCCAGGAAGCAGCUUGCCACCAAGGCUGCCCGUAAGAGUGCCCCGGCCACCGGAGGAGUGAAGAAGCCCCAUCGUUACAGGCCCGGCACCGUGGCUCUCAGAGAGAUCCGUCGUUAUCAGAAAUCGACCGAACUGCUGAUCCGCAAGCUGCCCUUCCAGCGCCUGGUGAGGGAGAUCGCUCAGGACUUCAAGACCGACCUCCGCUUCCAGAGCUCCGCUGUGAUGGCUCUUCAGGAGGCCAGCGAGGCUUACCUGGUCGGUCUUUUCGAGGACACCAACCUGUGCGCCAUCCACGCCAAGAGGGUCACCAUCAUGCCCAAAGACAUCCAGCUGGCCCGCCGAAUCCGCGGAGAGCGCGCCUAAAUUGAACCACUGUUGAACCCUAAAGGCUCUUUUAAGAGCCACCUACAUCCCUUACAAGAACGUUCCUUGUUUAGUUUUUGUCGAGUUGUGCUGACAGUUGCUCACGGGACGAUAAACAUGAGAUUUGAUUUUGUAAAA